AUGAGUUCCAACACUCUGAAGCAAGCAGCUGAAUCUGCACGUGCAAAGGCGUCCAAUAUGAGCAAGCAGGGCAGUGAGACCGUCGCCGCGGUCAAGACCGACUUCCUCCACACCCCUGUCAUGCGAGCUGCCCUGCCCUUUAUCAAUGGUGGAAUCUCUGGCAUGAUAGCGACCACCGUCAUCCAGCCGGUUGACAUGAUCAAGGUUAGACUUCAGCUCGCCGGUGAGGGUGUAGCCACGGGGCCCAAGCCUAGCGCUUUCGGUGUAGCCUCAGACAUUAUACGCCAAGGCAAGGUGCUUGACUUAUACACCGGCCUGUCGGCGGGUCUGCUACGCCAGUGCGUCUACACCACCGCUCGUCUGGGCUUUUUUGACACUUUCAUGAAAAACCUGGCCCAGCGAGCAAAGGACAAUGGCACCACGGUUGGCUUUGCUGAGCGGGCGGGCUCGGGUCUCGCCGCUGGUGGUAUAGCAGCCUUCAUCGGCAACCCGGCAGACUUGGCCCUCAUCCGGAUGCAGUCAGAUGGGCUGAAGCCGCUGGCAGAACGGAAGAACUACAAGUCGGUCAUCGAUGCCCUGGCGUCCAUCACCCGGUCCGAGGGCGUAACGGCCCUCUGGUCCGGCGCAACCCCAACCGUCGUCAGAGCCAUGGCUCUCAACCUCGGACAGCUGGCGUUCUUCUCCGAGGCCAAGGCUCAGUUGAAGACCAGGACGGAAUGGUCAGCUCGGAGCCAAACCCUUACCGCCAGUGCCAUCGCCGGUUUCUUUGCCUCGUUCCUGUCCCUGCCGUUCGACUUUGUCAAGACGAGGCUGCAGAAGCAACAGCGAGGACCGGACGGAAAGCUGCCGUAUAAGUCGAUGGCAGACUGCUUCCGUAAGGUGGCAAGGGAGGAGGGGCUUCUGCGAUUCUACCGCGGAUUUGGCACAUACUACGUGCGCAUCGCACCCCAUGCGAUGGUGACGCUGAUUGUGGUGGACUACCUUGGCUUCCUGACCAGGUAG